UUUAAAAUUGUAAUACUCCAGAUUUUGGCCAUCUUGGCAUUGGCACGUGCCGAUGUGGGUGGUUACAACUAUGGAGCAGGCAUUGGCGGCUCCAGCACUGGAGGUUCCCUCAGUGGAGGUUCCCUGUCCGGUGGCUCCAUUUCCGGAGGAUCUCUAUCUGGAGGCUCUGUCUCCGGUGGCUCUCUAAGCAGCGGCUCCUACUCCAAUGACUACGCUCCGGUCAACACAGAAUUCAACAAGGAGUUCUUCACCUACUCCGCCCCCGAGGCUGAUUUCGAAGACAACAAGAGCGUCAGCGACCUUGCCGCCACCUUGAAGAAGAACCUGCGAGUGGUCUUCAUCCGGGCGCCUGAAAACAAGGGUCUGGAGAACGCCGCCUUGGCCUUGGCAAAGCAGGCUGCCGAGCAGCAGACCGCCAUCUAUGUGCUCACCAAGCAGGGUGACCUCUCCAGCCUGGCCAACCAGCUGCAGAAUCUGAACCAUGUGAGCGCCAGCAAGCCGGAGGUGCACUUCGUCAAGUAUCGCACCCAGGAGGAUGCCCUUAAUGCACAGCGCACCAUCCAGCAGGAGUACGAGCGUUUGGGUGGUUCCUCCACCUCCCACAAUGGGGGCGUGGCUCCCGUCCUGGACUUUGCCACCAAGCAGCAGGUGCAUCACCACCACCACCAUCAGCAGCAGCAGCAGCAACAGGUGCAGCUGAUCGACGAGCGUAGGGCGAGCAUCAGUUCCUCCUCCGCUGGAGUUGUCUCCGCUGAACUAGAGGCUCCCUCCGCUGGCUAUAUUCCUCCUGCCGCUGCUGCGCCCAGCUCCACCUACCUGCCUGUGAACAAGGUCAAGUAGGAGGGACCCAUCCUCAUCAACAGCCUCUCCAUAUAUGUUAUGUUACAAACUAGCCAAAUUGUGUU